AAAAGAUUAUAUAAUUUCAUUGAUGAUUUCAGUAAAACAGUCACUAGCUAUUCCUCAAGCAGAGAUAGACAAACAUCUAGAAAUGGGAAGACUAUUUCUCUCUAAAGGACAGUUACAAGAUGCUCUAUCACACUACCAUGCUGCAGUUGAUGGAGACCCUCAUAACUACCUAACAUAUUUCAAGAGAGGAACAGUGUACCUGGCUCUUGGAAAGGCCAAAUCUGCUAUUGCUGAUUUAGAUAAAGUUAUAGAACUCAAACCAGAUUUCAUAGCAGCAAAGCAACAAAGAGCAAAUGCGUUUUUAAAGCAGGGUGAUCUACAUUUAGCGAAGCAAGAUUUCAUUGAUAUAUAUGUGGUUGAUGGUAAUGAAGAAUCAGAACAAGCAAUUCAGAAAAUAGAUGUUUUAAGUAGGUAUGUGGACAGUGCAAGACAGCAUUUAUCUGAUGAGAAUCAUGCUCAAGCAAUUGAUUUACUUACCAUGAUUAUAGAGGACUGUCCAUGGUCAUAUGAGAUGCGAGAACUGCGUUCCAUGGCUUAUGUGGCAACAGGGGAUACAACCUCUGCCAUUUUAGAUCUCAGGUCAGCCAACAAGCUCCAGUCUGACAGCACUGCUGGUUAUCUAAAGUUGGCCAUGCUGCAUUACCAGUUGGGUCAGGCCCAAGAAUCUCUCAGAGAGGUGAGGGAAUGUUUGAAACUGGAUCCAGAACACAAAGACUGCUUUCCUCAUUACAAGAAAGUGAAGAAAAUAGACAAACUCAUCAGUGAUUGUCAUAGUGCCAUAGAAGAGAAGAGGUAUGACAACUGCAUUGACUCUGCACUCAAGUUGCUCAAGAGUGAGGACCAGGUGCAGAUGAUACAGUAUGUGGCCAAGGAGAAACUUUGUCACUGCUACUUACAGAGUGAUCAGAUCACUUCCAGUCUCCAGUACUGUGGAGCAGCAUUGGCAAUACACAAAGAUCCUGCUGUUCUGUGUGACAGAGCAGAGGCUUAUAUUGCUUCCGAUAUGUUUGAUGAUGCAAUCAGAGAUUUUCAAGAUGCACUAGAAUUAAAUCAACACUUUCAAAGGGCAAAAGAUGGUGUCCAGAGAGCUCAGCAACUUCAAAAGCAAGCAGAGAAAAGAGAUUACUACAAGAUUUUAGGAGUGGGAAGACGUGCUACAAAGACAGAUAUAACAAAAGCUUACAGAAAAUUAGCUUUAAAGUGGCAUCCAGACAAUUUUCAGGAUGAAAUAGAAAAGAAACAAGCUGAGAAGAAGUUCAUGGAUAUAGCUGCAGCUAAAGAAGUUCUAACAGACCCAGAGAAGAGAGAAAGGUUUGACAAAGGAGAAGACCCGUUGGAUCCUGAAAAUCCUCACAAUCAACAACAUGGCUUCAAUCCUUUCCAACAAUUCCAUCAAUUCCAUGGGAGUCCAUUUCAAUUUAAGUUCCAUUUUAAUUAGUUUUACAUAAGUCUUUUCAAAAAUAAAUAGGAUUGUUAAUUUAAUACAACUGGGUAUUAUUUUCUAAGAGAUAUCUACAGUGUUGGAUCUAUAUAAAUAUAAAUAAUUAUGUACCAAUACAAAGCUUUGCCUUAGUCAAAAUUAUUAAUACUGUGGAAGAACAAUGAUGUAAUUGAGUUCAAAUGUUAGCCAAAGGCAGAGUGUUUACAAUUUUGUAAUAUAUUAUUGUUUUUUAUUUGUUUGAAUGAAUGAGCUAUACAUUGUAGUUCAUUAGUUAUUUAUUCAUGUAUGUAUUGAUGAAUGUUAGUUUAAAUUAUAAAUCCUUUUAUAUGUUAAAUGUCUAUUGUUACAUUUUUAUGAAGUAUUCCCAUACUUUUUUCAAGAAGUUAAGAUUUUAUUUUUAGAUUUGACAUCCCCAAUCAUUUAAUUUUGAGUUUUAUUGGAAAAAAUUACAAGCACUAUACUUUUGGAAGAAACUGUUUUGGAAUAUUGUUGUCCUUCUGUCACACAAUGUAUAUUAUGUAAUACUUUUUAUUGAUAAAGUUUGUUAAGAUUUGCUAUUAUAGCAAUAAUUGAUGUACCCUAUACAGAUUCUUUAAUUCUGUAGCUUGAUUAAUUUAAUCAAACUACAUAUAAGUUUAAUAAUAGAAAUUGACUGAAACGUUUUAUAUUUUAAUUUUGUAUAAUCAUAAACUUAAUCUUUAAUGUAUACAGUGUUCUUAUACCAUGAAAAAUAUAAAUACUCAGAAGAAUUUAUAAAAAACGUAUGGCUACAAUUUUGA